CUAAUUACCGUACACUGUUAACAAAUCAUAAUGUUGAAUAAUUCACAAGUUCUUCAAUUAUUUAAAUAAACGAAAUGAAAAUUUGAUUCUUUAUAAUUAUAAGUUUUUUAAAUUUUAGUUUUAGAAUUUUUCAUUUUUAUCUAAUAAAUUUUGAUCUCAUUUUUAAAUAUGGCAGAAAAUACAGAAACAAAAUUUAAAGAGUUAGUAUCAUAUAGUGAACCAGCUUUAAGAAAUAAUUCUUCAAUUGUUGAAUAUUGUCGUACAUCCAUGUCAGCAUUAUCUGGAAGCACAGCUGGGAUUUUAGGCUUAACAGGAUUAUCAGGAUUUAUAUUUUACAUUUUCUCAGUUUUUAUGUUAUGGGGACUUUUAUUAUUUAAAGCAGGCAAAUGUUGGCAAAAAUACUUUUUAAACAGACAUAGUUUACUAACUGGAGGAUUUUUCAGUGGACUUUUUACAUAUGUAUUAUUUUGGACAUUUUUAUAUGGAAUGGUACAUGUGUAUUGAUUAUUGCAUAGAAUAAAAAAAAUAGAAGCACAUAAAAAUAGCCAUCAAGAUAGUUUACACAUAGUUUUGUUGAUGUAAAAAAUAUAAUAAAAAUAAACAUAAAUUAUUGCUAUAA